CAAAUUCAUACGUAUUCAAGCAUCUCCGCUAACAACAAACCGAGUGUAGUUUGCUCUCCGUUUGUUCCUCAUCAAUAGAGUUAAUAGAUAGUAUAGUAUAUAACGGAUGGUCCUCGGGAGACAAAAAUAUAAAUAAAUAGAUACAAGAGAAAUGGGUCGAUAUUCGAGUGAUUCUGAUAGCGAAAGAGGAGCGAGGAGAAGGAGGAGGAGUAGAUCACAGAGUGGUAGCAGCACAAGUUCCAGAAGUCGGCAUAAACACCACAGGAAAUCCAGGCGACACAGAAGGCAUUCAUCAAGCCGUUCAAGAAGCCGCUCACGCAGCAGGUCACGCUCUCGCAGAUCUCACUCCCGGAGCAGAGACCAGGACCGUUACAGGCGCCGUGGCAGCUACUCUCGCUCACGGUCACGGUCACGUGAGAGAUACAGCCGGAAGCACAAGAAGUCAAAGCACAAGCGCAGGAGAAGAAGUUCAAGCUCGGGGUCAGAACGCAGUGGCCGAUACUCAAAGUCUCGUUCAGCUAGAAGCAGCGCAGACCGAGAUCGCAGUAGCAGAGGCUCGACGAGAGACCCCGACAGAAGAGAAAGGGAAAGGGAGAAGGAGAAGGAGAAGGAAAAAGAAAAGGAGAAUAAGGCACUGAGCCAAAUAAAAGAGGAGCCAUAUCGCAGUAAACAGAUUGAAAUGACGGAAUCAGAGAAACUGGCCUAUUCCAAAGCAGUAGAGGAGAUUGAGGGUGACUCCUUUGUACAGCACAGCUUCAAGUCCAGCUCAGGCGACAAGAAGUCUCAGUCUUCAGCCAACGAUCAGAGCGAUGAGACUUUCAACUUUGGAACACAGGCGGAAGUCACAGCCAAGGGGGGUGGCAAGUUCAUACCGCUAAGUGACGACAGUCUUUUCAGUCCUCACCUCUUUGGAGAUCCGGAGGAAAGAGAAGAGAAGUACUUCCGCAGGAUUUUCUCGCUGAGGCAGAAGGCCGUGCUUGGGGAGCCAUUAUAGGAUAGUGGCAAUACAAGAAGAAUUAUUUAUUUAUGUUUGCAUUUUUUUAGGCCUCGUGGAAAUGUAUAGACUGUAUCAGAAUUAUAGUAACUUUAUUAUUAUUAGAAAAAAACAAUGAUAGCUGAUAUAAUCGUAUUAUAAUGAUGAAAGGUAUGACCAUCAGUUUUAUUUAAUGAUUUUUAGAAUUUCUUUUAAACACCACAAUAUCAGCUUUUAUGAGAAAUAAAUUUAUAGCUUAGUUUUGAAGAAAAUAUGUAUUUUGCACUUUUCAUUCAAGGUGAUAUGAAUUAUUAUUUUUUUUUUUAAUACUCAUAUGGCAUUAAUAUUUAUGCUAUUUAUAUGAUGUAAUGCAGUGCAAAAACAUUAGAAUGUAUUCUUUAUUUAAUAAGAAAAAAUAAUUGAUAUUUCAAUAAGAUA